AUGAUCCGUCGGUUUUUGUACUUCACACUGAAUUUCGACAGGUUGGAUCAAACUUCGGUCCAUGUAUUAUUCUCCCUAUCGAUCCGACCGAAUGAGCACAUUGGAACUCUACGCUAUGAUCCCAAGAAAGCUAAGGUAGGACGGAUCGCACUACUGCCACCUUUUCGUCGAUUAGGAAUCGGAAAACAGAUGAUGCUCAGUUUCGAGCGACAGCUGGUAGAUGGUUUAUCAUUGAUAGAUCAGGCCCCAUCAUCCUUAUUAGACUCAAGCACUCCGACUCAGAUUCGCUUACAUUCCCAGAUACCCGUGAUUGGGUUUUAUUCUACAAUCGGUUAUCAACCUGUUGGGCCGACCUUUAUCGAGGAUGGUGCUCCUCAUCAAUUGAUGGUCAAACAGCUAGUUCCUUGUUAG